ACAAUUCCCAUCUACAGUUAUGAGCAUGUGCAGAUGUAUUAAGUGACGCAAACGAUCACAGGAUCCAUCUGACAAGAGAGUCCUGGGCGUUGGGAGGCGGUGCUGUGGAAGCUUUUCCAUUUCUCAGCAACAAGGAAGAAGGGAAGCCGGAAUUCUAGGAGUUGUUCGCUGUUUCCAAAGUGUUUAAAAAAUCCUGCUGCAAGACAAAAGAAAACAGCUGGGAGUCUUUGUACUUUGCCAUAAAGAAAAAGUACAGCACAAUCAGAUAAACUUGAAAAUAGAUUGAAUCUCUAAAGUACACAUGGAUUAAAUCAACUUGCAUAUAUAGAGAUUGGUGAUGGCAUUGGUAAAAAGUGGAUGGUUGCUCCGACAAAGUACUAUAUUACGACGCUGGAAGAAAAAUUGGUUUGAUUUGUGGUCUGAUGGCCAUUUAUUAUUUUAUGACAAUCAACAUCGACAUGAUCUAGAAGAUAGAAUUCACAUGAAAAUUGACUGUAUCAAUAUCAGAGGGGGAAAUGAAUGCCGAGGUUUUCAGCCUCCAGAGGGCAAAGCUAAAGACUGCUUGCUGCAGAUAAUUUGCCGUGAUGGGAAGGUGCUCAAUCUCUGUGCAGAAAGUACCGAUGAUUGCUUGGCUUGGAAAAUUGCUCUUCAGGAUGCCAGAACAAAUGAAGCUUAUGUUGCUUCUGAGAUGAUGUAUGAUGAUAAUGCGAUUUCUUCAGCACCUCCUCCAUACACAGCGUAUGCAACACCAUCACCUGAGGUUUAUGGUUACCCACAAUACAAUGGUGCAUAUCCAGGAUCUCAGAUCAUCUACACUUCUAAUGGACAGACAUAUGCUAUACCUUACCAGUACCCAAACCAAGGUCCCUAUGGCCCGCUUCCUGCAAACCAUGUCAUCAUUCGAGAACGUUACCGAGAUACUGAUGGAGACCUGGCACUGGGCAUGUUAGCUGGGGCAGCAACAGGAAUGGCCCUGGGCUCAUUGUUUUGGGUGUUCUAGAUUUUCUUUGGAGUUUCAAGUUGAGGGAUAUUCUUAUUAUCUUCUGUGUAUAAUAAUAUAUAUAUUGGUAAAGUAGUGUAUAGGCGUUUCAUAAGUUCUAACAAUAUUUUGGCUAAUGAUACACUGGAAUUAGUUAAUCACAUUUUUAAUCAUCCAGAAAGUUCACGUUAGUUAAGAAAGGUCAAGUAAGUUUGAGCCUAUGUAAUGAUAAACAAGUAGCAGUAAUAACAAGUGAAGUAUUACUAAUGGUGGCUAAAUAACCACCACUGACUUCAUUUUACAGUGAAAUAUUAACAAUUCUCGUAAAAUUUCUUCAACUGCUGCCUCAGAAGGAAACUCAAAUAUCUUUUUAAACACUCCUCAGAGACGAAAGAUAAUGACUUAGUAUACACUCUGUGGAGAAGCAGAAGGAGAGAGAGAGAGAAAGAGUUUCUGUGUGUGGAUUCAGAUGGUUCUUGUAUUUCAACAGUUGGUAAAUAUUCACCCUAAAGGCAGAUAUAAAUCCUCCUAGAUCAAUGGUUCUCAACCUUUCUAAUGCCGUGACCCCAUAAUACAGUUCCCCAUGUUGUGGUGACCCCCAACCACUUAUACAUCAUCGGGUGCCAGGGGCGUGGCCAAAGAAAAGGGGGAAAAAGUGGCGGACAGCCUUGUUUGGCGACCCCCGUGAAAUGGUCGUUCGACCCCAAAUGGGGUCCCGACCCACAGGUUGAGAACCACUGUCCUAGAUCAUUAAGCCACAAACACUCCAACAUUUUGCUUUGAAAAAAUUCCAGUCUGUACUUGAAGGAGUUUGAUGACCAUGCAAAUAAUGCCAGUGUCAUAUAAGUUGCUAUCUUAUUUAGUUGGAAGAUUAGCAAAAGCCUGGACAUGAUCCUCUGGAUGUGCUAUGCACUCUUAGUCAAGUGUAGAUUGUUAUUUAGAACUCUGGGAGUUGUCAUUCCAUCAGGGGGACGUUAAGAAGGGAAUGGUGAGUACCUAUUAACAUCCUCAAUUUGAGAAUUUUAGCUGUGCCAGAAUUAGUCAAGUAUCAAAAUGUUUCAACCUGCAUGUGAAAAUAAUUUGGCUUUGGGUCUUGAUAGAUAGUAGGAGAUGUUAUAGUUCUACUGGGCAUUUAAUUUUUUUAUAUUCAAAGUAGAAUAAUUAUAGAGAAUGGAGGCUAACAAAAACUUAUUCAUUUCUUUUUAUUGCAAAUUAUUUUUAACACUUAUUUACUGUUCUGGGACAUUGUAAAGAGGCUUGUCCUUUGGUGAUUAAGCCUGCUGUGUUCCUGAUGAGUUUCAUUUUCUACUUUUAGCUAGCACACAGAAUUAACUGUAAGAACCUGGUAGUUUUAUAAAUAGUGCAUGCAUGUCCUGUUGAAAUCUUAAGAUCUGCAUACAAUUCUUCCAAUUGUCUUUUAUUUUGUUCUUCGUUUUGUAAAUUAAAACUUUCACAAAAGCAGACUUGGGUGAUGCCAAGUACCAUACAGCCAAGUGCUAAUACAGUGUGUAUGAUAUCCUGUUGAGAUAGGAUAAUUAAAUCAAAGCUGGGGAUGGCACAAGAAAUCUUAUUACAGGUUUCCGUAAGCUUUGCAUUAAGCAUAUGCUGUUACUUUUUGCCUUAGGUAUAUAUGCAACAACAAAAUUUAAUACGAGAUAUGGGUGUCAUCCAUCAUUGUUGAACUUGGAAGCUUUCUUUUAAAGAAAUGAAUAAUCUCUCUGCUAAGAUAUUUUUAUUGUUUUCAUGAAUAGAUCCAGUCUAGGACAUUUCAAGUGAUCACACUGUAAAUUGAAGAUAAUAAAUGUUUCAUAAAUAUGAUACAUAUUUAAAUAAUUUAUGUUAUUUUGGAAUAUAUAGGUUACAUUGGAAUUUCUUAAGAUUUAAGAAAUUGAUUAUAUGGUGAAAAUUAAUACUAGCUUUUGCUCUUUUUAUGUAACUUGUCAAGUGCACCUUUUAUGUCUUUCAUAGAUUUAUCCGAAUCCCCUAUUUCUAUGUACCAUAUUUGUACUUUGAAAAAAUAAAUAAAUUUAGUCUUUGAACUGCUGGCAAGUUUAAA